AAGAGAACAAGGAAAAGGAGAUGAGAACCGAGAAGAAGACAAGAGAAGAGAAGAAAGCUGAGCAACAUUUGGCGCCUACCAACACGCGCGCAAUAAUGCCUCUUGAACGUCACGAGUUAGCCGACGACGCUGAAUUCCCCGCUUUGGUCGAUGGCCUAUGGCGGGGUUAUGCUGAUCCUUUCAAUGGCUUCUGGGAAAUCUUGAAAGGCCCGUCGCAAGAAGAAUGCACUGAACGUUAUACCGCCUGGAACAAGGCUGAUUCCACGGGCCAUUGGAUUUAUGUCACCAACUCUGAGACGAAAAAGGUCGCCGGCGCAAUGCAAUGGCAAAUAUUCAAAGUCAACCCAUACGCCGACGGUGUGCCGUCGCUCUCAGCAUAUUGGUGGCCUGAAGGUGCUCUCAAGGAAGUCGCAGACCAAUUAUUCGCUGGCUUCUUUGCUGGCAGACCAAGCCACUUUGGUCAGCCGCAUAUCCGUAAGCAACUAGGCCCUAGAGCUCCGAAACGAAUAUGA